GCCUUGCCCACUUUGCAUUUUUUCUCAGCCUCUCCUUCCCACUUCGUCUUUGUCCAAUUUGUACCCAAGAUACUUCUUACUCAAUACUUCUCACGUUUCAUACGUUUUAUUCCACACAUUAAGUCUGCUUGCAGCGAAUAGGUCACAAUGGUCAACUAUCAUGAGAACGUAUAUGUGCGCCGUGGGGUGGAUGGCCAUCAUCAGAGUGGUUCAACUGCUUCUCGCGUGUCUCGUGCUGAUUCUCACAGCAUACUCGUCAGCUACGUUCGGGGGUUCAGGCACAAAUGGGGAUCUCGUUAUCCAGAUCUUGUUCCCGGGUUACAAUAUGAGCUUCUUUACUUUCGCAUGGACUGUUUUAUUCCUACUCUAUAUCUUCCUGAUACCACUUGUCUUCCCCAAGUUUUACCUUUCCUACGCCCACCUUGGCCUGGAAUUCUUGACCGUUAUCUUCUGGCUUACUACGUUCGCCCUUCUUGCCGAUGAGGGCAAAUGGUGGGUCGUGGAACAGGAUUCCUUAGAGGCCAUCAAAGACGAAUUCAGUGGUUUCAGUAGUGGCAACAACGGAGAAGUCAACAAACUUUUGUCUGCUUGCAAAGCAUCAAGGGCUGCUAUCGGUAUAGCUGCUAUUGUUUGGCUGCUAUUCAUGGUCACGUUCGGUUUUGUUGUUUACUACUGGAACAAACAUCGUGAAGAGCACAGCGAAACUGGACUAUCCUCCACUCACCGUAGAGGGAUCACUGGUGACAUCGAGGCUGCGCAGGUAGAGAAGACGCAGGCUUCGGUCGAAUUACACAAUAUCCAGGGGCAGCCGCAGCAUCCAACUCCUGUUGCUUAA